ACUUUUUAUUUUCCCAACAUUCAAAUUAAAAAAAAAAAAAAAAACUGGAGAGAGAAAGAUAAAUAAAUAACGAAAGAAACAUAGCAGAAAACAAGAUUUUUUUUCUUCACACGAUUUCGAAAAGAAGAAACAACGUUGUUGUUGUGUUGGUCAACUCAACAUCAAUCAAUAAUCGAUACAAACAAGACACGCUUUUUUGAUCUUCAAUUUCAAUAAUAUGGCGUGUUCGCUUUUCUUGACUCACUGAAUCUUGGCGAGCAUUGCCAAAAGUAAAAUAUCGUUUACAUGAUAAGUGUUGGCCAGAGACUGUUGCGCGUGAAUGUAGCUUACUCGUGUUAAAUUAUCCUAGGGAAACUCUAUAAGUUGUAGCAUGCCAUAAAAGUAAACUCAAACCCGACAAAAUUGGAAAGAAAUCUCUUAGAUCGGGUCAGAAAUGGCUCCUGGAGGCAGUAUUUUCAAAGAAGUUCUUGAAUCUCACGUGAUGUCAUCAGAUUAUGAAACUGGCAAGGCUAAAUCUGAGGCCAAGAUUAACAGUACACUUACAAAAUCUACUAGUGUUGGGUUGAAUGGAAAGAAUGGAACUAGUUCAAAGAAUGGUGUGCAUGACUUACUUGGCUGCCCUGUCUGCAAAAAUUUGAUGUAUCCCCCAAUUCACCAGUGUCCAAAUGGCCAUACAUUAUGUUCAAAUUGUAAGAUUGAAGUUCAUAAUAUCUGCCCAACAUGUCACCAUGAUCUUGGAAAUAUAAGGUGUUUAGCUCUUGAGAAAGUCGCAGAAUCUUUGGAGCUUCCUUGCAGAUAUCAGAGUCUAGGUUGUAGUGAUAUAUUUCCUUACUAUGCUAAACUUAAGCACGAGCAAAAUUGCGGAUUUCGUCCUUACAAUUGUCCCUAUGCUGGAUCUGAGUGCUCUGCAAUUGGUGAUAUUUCAUAUCUUGUUGCCCAUCUCAAGCAUGACCACAAGGUUGACAUGCAUGAUGGAUUUACAUUCAAUCAUCGAUAUGUCAAAACAAAUCCACAUGAAGUUGAAAAUGCUACAUGGAUGCUAACUGUUUUCAAUUGUUAUGGAAAGCAUUUUUGCUUGCACUUUGAGGCUUUCCAGCUUGGCACGGCUCCAGUUUUUAUGGCCUUCUUACGGUUUAUGGGCGAUGACAACGAAUCAAAAAAAUUCAGCUACAGCUUAGAAGUCGGUGCAAACGGGCGCAAACUUAUAUGGCAAGGAAUUCCUCGGAGCAUUCGUGACAGUCAUAGUAAAGUUAGAGACAGUCAAGACGGACUUAUAAUUCAGAGAAAUCAAGCCCUUUAUUUUUCUGGUGGCGAUAAACAGGAGUUGAAGUUGAGAAUCACUGGUCGUAUAUGGAAAGAAGAUUGAGAUAUGUAAAAUAUAUAAUUAAGCAUUAUGGAUGUUGAAGUGAUCAUUGUAUAGAGCUUGUUAAGGAUUGUUGUAAGAUUUUGGUCUCUGGCAAAGUGUAUCACUAAUGCUCUAUUUAUCUCUCCAUAUACAGAUUCUCUUUUAAUUCCACACAUCUUAGAUUUGAAAGGUUA